AUGAUAUUGAAUAGACUAGCGUCAACGUUUAAUGGAGUGGCCAGACUAUAUAACCCAAAAAUACUCAAUAUAGCCCCGCAUCUUACACGGACAGCUCUGCGUAGAACACCUCUCCUAUUGAAUAAGAGAUCAUUCUCUUCAACUUCAAUUGCCUACCAAGCUGCUGAAUCUUCAUCACCCGCCCAAAACCCAGAAACCGACACCAAAUCUCUGCAUGAAUAUGGCAAAUAUCUGCUGUCUAUGCUCCCCAAAUACAUUCAACAGUACUCGGUCUAUAAAGACGAACUAACAAUCUACAUAGCCCCAUCCUCUCUCAUCCCCGUAAUGACGUUCUUACGCGAUCACACCGGAUGUCAAUUUAAACAAGUUCAAGACAUUUGUGGAGUUGAUUAUCCCACUCGCUCGAAUCGUUUCGAAGUAGUUUAUAAUAUGUUGAGUGUUCAUUACAACGCUCGGAUCAGAGUAAAAACAUAUACUGAUGAAGUAACACCUGUGCCGUCUAUCGUUAGUCUAUUUGAUGGUGCAAAUUGGUUCGAGCGAGAGGCGUACGAUAUGUACGGAAUAUUCUUUGUCGAUCACCCGGACUUGAGAAGAAUUUUGACAGACUAUGGUUUCGAGGGACAUCCAAUGAGGAAGGAUUUCCCUCUGACAGGAUAUGUAGAAGUUAGAUAUGACGAGGAGAAGAAAAGAGUUGUGGCUGAGCCAUUGGAGAUGACGCAGGCAUUUAGGAAUUUUGAAGGGGCGGCUUCGCCUUGGGAACAGACUGGUCCUGGACAGGACAAUCGUCCUGAAUCAUUUAAACUGGAAAAUCUUCUGCCCAAGCCAGAGACAAAGAAAUAA